AUGGCUACUGCAACUCCAUCGCAGGUGACGCUGCAGAAUCUUAAGAUACCAGAAAGUUUCCAUGGCGACGCUUUUGACGAUGUCCAAGAUUGGCUUGACCAAUUUGAGCGUGCCGCCAGUUAUAAUGACUGGGGCUCCCAGCAAAAGCUGUCUAAUGUCUAUUUCGCGCUUCAAGACAGUGCGCGGACGUGGUUUGUGAACCGGGAGAGAAGUUUGACCACAUGGGAUGCCUUCCGCACCCAGCUGCUAGACACGUUCACUAGUACCGACAGAAGAGACACUGCGCAGCGCCUACUCGAAUCCCGUAUUCAAAAACCAAACGAGAGCGUAGCCAUGUUUUCAGAAGAUAUGGCCCGCCUUUUCCGCAGAGCAGACCCUGAGAUGGCCGAAGAAAAGAAGCUGCGCUAUCUCUUGCGCGGAGUGAAGGAGGAACUGUUUGCCGGGCUCGUGAGGAACCCACCGACGACAGUGGUCGAAUUCACCAAGGAGGCUACCGCUAUAGAACGGGCACUACAGCAACGGUACCGCCAAUACGAUCGCAAGAGCUCACCGGUGAAUGCUUCCAUUCUACCUGAGAGCUACGGCACGUCUCUGCGUGAAGUCAUCCGGGAGAUUCAGGAGGCUGCUGCCAGGAUCGAGGACGACCUGGGAGGAAUGACGCACUUGUACGCCGAUGGCUCCGUCCUCAGCGACGGCUCGGCGGCUGCCGCCUGUGUUGCUCCCGCACUUGGAAUCACGAGGCAGUGCCGGCUCUACUACCGGGCUUCCUCUACCACGGCGGAGCUAGCGGGACUUCACCUCGCUGCGGACAUCCUCGAGGAGUCGCCGCACAUCACCAGCGCGGCGAUUCUCUGUGACUCGAGGGCCGCGCUGCAGCAGCUGCUACUCGACGAGCGCGCGCCGCCUCUUGCACAGCGCCUUGCCGUCCGUCUGCACGCACUGCAGGGGCGAUGCAACCUACGCCUGCAGUGGAUCCCCUCGCACGCCGGAGUCGCGGGCAACGAGACGGCGGACCAGCUGGCCAAGCGCGCACACGACUCGUCGACCGCGCUGACAGACAGGUCAUCUGGAAUGAAACCUGAAGAAAGAGACUGGGCAAAUAUCAAGGACAAAUAG